UCUUUCAGAAUAUAUAUCUUUCAAAGAUUCACUAAAAAGACAGUUGGCGGGUCUCUUUGUAUGUCUUGUCCGGAAAGAGGAGGACUUAAUGAUUUUUCGUUCGCCGGAACCAGAAGUAAAAAUUGUUGUGGAUAGGGAUCCUGUAAAAACAUCUUUGGAGGAAUGGGCCAGACCCCGCCAUUUCUCAAGAACACUAGCUAAGGGCCCUGAUACUACCACUUGGAUCUGGAAACUACAUGCUGAUGCUCACGAUUUCGAUAGUCAUACUGGUGAUUUGGAGGAGAUUUCUCGAAAAGUCUUUAGUGCUCAUUUCAGGGAACUUUCCAUUAUCUUUCUUUGGUUGAGUGGCAUGUACUUUCAUGGCGCCCGUUUUUCCAAUUAUGAAGCAUGUCUAAGUGAUCCUACUCACAUUGGACCCAGUGCUCAGGUAGUUUGGCAUAUAGUAGGGCAAGAAAUAUUGAAUGGUGAUGUAGGCGGGGGUUUCCGAGGAAUCCAAAUAACCUCUGGUUUUUGUCAGCUUUGGCGAGCAUCUGGAAUAACUAGUGAAUUACAACUCUAUUGUACUGCAAUUGGUGCAUUGAUUUUUGCAGCGUUAAUGCUUUUUGCUGGUUGGUUCCAUUAUCACAAAGCCGCUCCCAAAUUGGCCUGGUUCCAAGAUGUAGAAUCCAUGUUGAAUCACCACUUAGCGGGAUUAUUAGGACUUGGCAUCAAGAAAAGUGUUGAUGAAGGAUUGGAAGCUGUGCCUCUUUGUGUUAGCAACCUUGAGCUCCACCAGCUUGUCUUCUUUGACGUCUUUGAAGUGCACUCGGACCAAGGACAAUGUGACAUCAGCGCCACAUCGCUCGACCUCCCGAUUGGUGUUAGAGACAACAGCCUUCAGUUUGGAGUUCUCCUCUUCUAA